GAGAGAAAAUUACCUCGUCUCGCGAAUUUCGAGAUUUUCGUACCUAUUUAGAGUAGCGAGAAUUAGUUUUUUCCUCCUACUCUCUUUUUUCGUGUCUCUUUACAACAACAUCAAGGGCGCCAUACAACAACAACAAUGGCUCAAAAUAAACAUCUGAAUGAUUCCCAAGAUCCAUAGCGGUACGCCAUAGUUCUCAGUAAGUGUCUAGUCCUCUUUGUGGAUGGCGGAAUGGCUAAAUCGUUUGGAGUUCUCAUUCCCGAGAUGGUGGAGCGGUACGAUAGUGACUACAAGACAAUUGCUUUUAUCUGCAGUCUGCAUUCACUGAUGUUUAUGACAGCUCCCAUUGCUAAUGUCCUGCUGAAAGUGAUGAAGCCUCGAACUUUAGGAAUAUUCGGUGGACUACUGGCCGCAAUAUCUAUAAUGUGCGCCCCGCUUGCAAACUCAGUCUUUGAACUCGGUAUACUGAUAUCUUUAACAGGAUUUGGAAUAGUUAUGGCAGUCUUCUCCACACUGGUUACCCUCGCCAGAUUUUUCCCAAAGUCCUUUAUCUUCUCGAACUCACUAACGCAGUUUGGUAUCAUAUGUGGUGUCUUCACAGUACCCAUUAUUGUCGAGAGGUCGCUUGAAGCGUAUGGCUAUGACGGUGCCUGUCUCAUCUUAGGUGGGAUCUCACUUCAUGCUGUGGUCUCUGCGAUGAUUCUUAGACCACCAAAGGACCUCUCUUCGAGUACAGAAGAAAAUACGCAGCUUAUGGUCACACAUUCAUCAGGUGAUAGCCAUUCUAUCAUAGAGAACGAGAAGCAUCAAGGAGGUGCAAAUUGGGGAACUGAAUCGGAUAAUGAUGGCUUCUCACGCUCAAACACGGAAUACAUGCAGGUGGUAGUAGACUUCUUUCAUUCUCUUCCCUCAGUUGGAGAGUUUUUUUAAAAUCUUUCAUUC